AUAAAACACCACGACCCCGCGCUGCAAUAAUACCAAUUCGACGCCGACAACAAUGGUCCACGCCGAGUCUUCCACCUUCGCGUCCGGCGUCUCCAAGGCCGAGGCCUACGAGCAGGUCCUCGAGCAGGCGCGCGCCCUGAUGGACGGCCAGAGGAACUGGGUUUGCAACCUCUCCAACGUCGCCUCGCUGCUUUACCACGCGCUACACGCGCUCCCCGCCCCCUCCAACGCAACCAACUGGUGCGGCUUCUACGUGCUGGAUCCCACGAAGGCGGAGCAGCUCAUCCUGGGCCCUUUCCAAGGCCACGUCGCGUGCCAGACGAUCCGCUUCGGGCGGGGAGUGUGCGGCGCGGCGGCCGCGAGCGCGACGACGCAGCUGGUGCCUGACGUCGAGGCUUUCCCCGGGCAUAUUGCGUGCGAUGGGGCCAGCCGCAGCGAGAUUGUCGUCCCGGUUGUGCAGACGGGCAAAGUCGUCGCGAUUAUCGAUAUCGAUUGCGCUGAGUUGGAAGGCUUUGAUGCGGAGGAUCAGACUUGGUUGGAGAGGAUUGCGGCGUUGUUGGCUGAGGGGUGCGAUUUUUAGGAGGGAGAGAGAGAGCUUGCUUGAUUGCGAGGCGCUUUGAGAGAGGCAUGGAUGUAGAGGAUAUUUUUAGAAAGGUUGGCGGAUUGCGCAAAGUAAAUAAAUAUAUAUCAUAUCGGGAUAUCAAAUCGUCUGUCUCUGCACGUGAUACCGCGUCUCUUGCACGCGCUCGCCCUCACCACCACCACGACCACCACCAUCAACCAGCCAACCAACAAAUCCACAACCGCAACAACCCAACAACCACAAUUCCCG